GUUCGUCUAUGCUUAUGGCGAACCCUAACUAUUUUGGAUCCUAUGAGGGCUCGUCGCGACUGCCAACUCCCCAGAUUGAGAUCCAUGAAGACGACCAAAGCUCUUCAUUAUCGCCCGGGCAAACAGGCUCAAGAACGCUUAUGCCAACUGCAGAUCGAUUAACGGUGAACCAUGACCCCCCGCGCUCAUCACAUUCUCUCGACGGGGACACGCUCCGCGCUCGCGCCAAUUCUACGGUGUCGAGUGCAGAGACCAUUGUCCACGCGGAGGCGCCAUCGAAGUUAGAGCCUACAAAAGGUGCUCUCAAGACUGACUUUUCACAUCUUGACGACGUACCGCUUUCCGAAGCUCUUAACCCAGAUCCUCAAUAUGUCCAGGAUUUCGAAGUACAAGAUAACAAAUUCUCUUUCUCGCCUGGCCAGCUGAACAAGAUGUUGAAUCCCAAGUCUCUGGCUGCAUACCAGGCAUUGGGGGGAUUGUCAGGCUUAGCCCAGGCUUUAAGAACAGAUCUCAAAUCGGGUUUAUCUACAGACGAGACAACGUUGCAGGGAAAAGUUGUGUACAAUCUUGAAACAACAUCGUUUGAUUACGUUGAAGAUGCUGGCAGCUCAGAAGGCGCAGAUACGCAGUUCUCUGAUCGGAUACGGGUUUUCAGUCAAAAUAGACUGCCGGCGAGAAAGACAACCGGGUUUUUCAUGCUGCUGUGGAUGGCUUACAAUGAUAAAAUCAUCAUUUUGCUGACUAUCGCCGCGGUUGUCUCUCUUUCUUUGGGUAUAUAUCAGACAAUCGAUGAAGGGCAUGGGGUAGACUGGAUUGAGGGUGUUGCUAUCGUCGUCGCAAUCGCUAUCAAUGAUGACCGUGAGGUGAAAGCCGUACGUUCCGGGAAGGUGGUUAUGAUCUCGGUCUUCGAUAUCACCGUCGGUGACGUCCUUCAUGUUGAGCCUGGUGACUCUGUCCCCGCCGACGGUGUCCUCAUUUCUGGCCAUGGAAUCAAGUGCGACGAAUCAUCUGCUACUGGCGAGUCUGAUCAGAUGAAGAAAACAGACGGAUUUGAAGUAUCGCGACAGAUUGCCGAUGGCACAGCCACCAAGAAGCUUGACCCCUUUAUGAUCUCCGGCAGCAAUGUCCUUGAGGGAGUCGGGUCUUAUCUCGUGACAAGUGUCGGAAAGUACUCUAGCUAUGGCAGAAUCCUCAUGUCUUUGCAAGAAUCCAACGACCCUACGCCUCUCCAGGUCAAGCUUGGACGACUUGCAAACUGGAUCGGAUGGUUAGGAUCGAGUGCUGCCAUUGUUCUCUUCUUCGCUUUACUCUUUCGCUUUCUUGCAAACCUUGGGAGCAACCCUGGCAGCUCGGCUGCCAAAGGUCAAGAAUUCGUAGACAUCCUUAUUGUGGCAGUGACGGUUAUUGUCGUGGCUAUUCCUGAGGGCCUUCCGCUGGCCGUGACUUUAGCCCUUGCCUUCGCCACGACAAGAAUGGUCAAAGAGAACAACCUCGUUCGUGUUCUAAGGGCUUGCGAAACCAUGGGCAAUGCAACAGUCAUCUGUUCGGACAAGACAGGCACGUUGACUCAGAACAAGAUGACCGUCGUUGCCGGGACGUUGGGCACGAAAGGUUUCAGUCAGGAUGAAUCUACCUCCAUGUCUGCUGCGGAGCUCUUCAAGAUAUGUCCAAGGGAAGCUCAAGACCUCCUUGUCAAGAGCAUUGCGCUUAACUCGACAGCAUUCGAAGAAGUCAAAGAGGGCACGAAAGAAUUUAUCGGCAGCAAAACUGAAGUAGCACUGCUGCAGCUUGCUAGAGACUAUCUUGGGAUGGAUGUGGCCACUGAGCGAGCCUCCGCGACGAUUAUUCAGCUGAUCCCGUUCGACUCCGCUCGAAAAUGCAUGGGCGUAGUCUACCAGGUCGCUGAUGGGCAUUAUCGCCUCCUCAUCAAGGGAGCAGCCGAGAUGAUGGUCGACAAAUGCUCGAACAGAAUUAAUUACGACUCGGACAAGCUGUGCAUUGAACCCGCAGCUGCAAAGGACAAGCAAGAAAUCCUUGAGAUCAUAGAGUCAUAUGCAAAGAAAUCCUUGCGUACGAUUGGAUUGGUCUACAAAGACUUUUCUGCACCUACCUGGCCUCCACCCGAAGCUGUCCGCGUUCAGGAUGACCCAGACUCUGCCGAAUUCGACACCAUUUUUCAUGACAUGACGUGGCUUGGAGUGAUGGGCAUCCAGGACCCCCUUCGCCCUGAGGUCCCUGCUGCUAUCGAGCGCUGCCAUGUUGCCGGUGUCCAGGUGAAAAUGGUUACGGGUGACAAUAUCAACACCGCGACUGCCAUUGCUGAGUCGUGUGGCAUCAAGACCGAGGAUGGCAUAGCCAUGGAGGGUCCCACAUUCCGCCGGCUUUCCGAAGAAGAAAUGGAUAAGGUUAUCCCUCGACUUCAGGUUCUGGCACGCUCUUCUCCUGAAGACAAGCGUAUCCUGGUAGCUCGCCUGAAGAAGCUGGGUGAAACCGUGGCAGUGACAGGUGAUGGCACUAAUGACGGACCAGCCCUGAAAACCGCAGACGUAGGAUUCUCCAUGGGUAUUGCAGGCACUGAAGUCGCCAAAGAGGCCAGCUCCAUUAUUCUCCUUGACGACAACUUUAAGUCAAUCGUGACUGCAAUCGCUUGGGGCCGUGCAGUCAACGACGCUGUCGCAAAAUUCCUCCAGUUUCAAAUUACAGUCAAUAUUACCGCCGUCGUUCUCACUUUCGUCUCCUCUCUUUACAACUCCGACAACGAGAGUGUGCUCAGCGCCGUUCAGCUCCUUUGGGUGAAUCUGAUCAUGGACACCUUUGCUGCGCUGGCACUCGCAACUGACGCGCCAACAGACAAGAUCCUCAACCGCAAGCCCGUGCCCAAGAGCGCCUCGCUCUUCACGGUGACCAUGUGGAAGAUGAUCCUCGGUCAGGCCAUUUAUCAGCUUGGCAUCACAUUCAUGCUCUAUUUCGCCGGUGACAGUAUCCUGUCAGACUACCUCUCUUCCAACCCAGACAUCCGCCACCGCCAGCUCGAUACUAUCGUCUUCAACACCUUUGUCUGGAUGCAGAUAUUCAAUGAAUUCAACAACCGCCGCCUUGAUAAUAAACUCAACAUUUUCGAAGGCAUGCAUCGCAACUAUUGGUUCAUUGGCAUCAACUGCAUAAUGGUCGCCGGCCAAGUCAUGAUUAUCUACGUUGGCGGCGAGGCCUUCAACGUCCGCGAGAUAACCAGCGUGCAGUGGGGCGUUUGUAUCGCUUGCGCAUUUGGUUGCAUCCCCUGGGCUGUUGUACUCCGCUGCAUCCCCGACAAACCUGUUGGUAUUGUCCUCGACACUGUGACUGCCGGUAUCGGCUUCGUUUUAAAACCUCUCGGCCGCGCUUUUGCUGCAAUUGGACGACCAAUCAAACGAAUUAUUCGCAGACGCCAGAACAAGAACAAGUCAGACGAUGCGAACGCUUUGACAUAUCUAAAGGAACAGCGUGUUCCCGACGAGGAACAGCGCUCCGUGCCCCAACUUACAUUUACGACCCUUGACGAUGUUUCCAGCAGAUAA